ACAGUCGGGCUUGCUGCUGCUGCACACCAGCAGCGAUGGCUGGAGUGGAAAGCAUCAGACACGCUUGCAGCUCAGGACGCCUCUAAAUUCAGAAGGGUGGAAAGUGGGGCGAGACCAAGCGAUGAGCCAAGGGGAGCUCGUGUGGGGUGCAUUCUCCUUGAUGGUUUUGGGCGCUCUGGUCAGCAUGUGCAUGAAAUGCCAGCAGGCUGGGAAUAAACAGAAGGCAAGCUUCAAUAAUCAGAGGAAUCAAUGUGAGAGCCGGAGCAGAUUAGAAGUGCCACAAACCCACUCAACAUCACAACAAAAACUUGCGAGGAAGCCACCUCGUACGCCCAGGCCGAGUAAAACCAAUGAACAUCUUUCCGCUGCAAAUUACUGCGGCGCCUAUAAUGAGCCCAGAUAUCAGAACUGUGGAAAAGAGCCACAAAUGGAGCGAGAAGAGACUUACGUGGAGCCCAUCCCAGGAUAUUUCUAUUCCAACUGCCAACAGUCCGCAAGGCCAGCCAGCGAGGAGAAUUCCCACAUUUAUCAAAACUUGGCCCAGCCAGCCAGCACCAGCAACGGCGUCUCCAUCGACGUGGAUGUUUACGAGAACGCGGAGGAGAUCCAAACGUGGAAACACGCGAAGACGGAUGGUAAAAUGAGGCGCUUUGCUGCUGUAAUAAAUCCAGUGCAAGAAAAUCACUAUGAGGACGAGGGAGAACCAGAUUACAUCAAUGCAGCCAUAUCCAGCAGGUCUCCGGCCUAAGAACCUGUGAGAAGUGCUUCAAGAGCUCCAGGAGCACAUCCUCUCUCGGAAGCGAUUCCAACUUUUCCCGCUGCUGUGCAAUGCAGUGCUCUAGACCUCAGGAAGAGGGGGGUGCCUUCCAAAGACAGCCAACUGGAAAAGGCGAGUGUCUCUGGGAACACUUGCGCACUGCAUUUCGUCAAAUUGUAGCCUGCAAGUCUCAUUUCGCCAGUUCUAGUUUAUUUGUUCUGGUUAUUAGCCAUAGUAACACUGAUAUACCAUGUGCAAUAUUUUAAGUAGUUAAAUUAAAAGCAGUCCUACCACUC